AUGUAUGCGGAGCGGCUGGUCAAGCUGGUCACUGCCGUGGCCGGACCUUCUAGUAACUUGCUGCACCACUGCCAUGUCCACACACAGAUCAAGCUAUUUAGCUUCCAGGCUGGGCUACAAAAAGCAUGCUGGGAUGGUAAGAUGUCUCGACUGUUAACUCUAGUGCCUCCGUGCAGCUUCGCCCUCUACUCAAGGUCACUUGUGCUGCCCAAGUUGUGGACAAACUCUUCAUUACCUCAGCAAGAAUGGAUGUAUGAGAUACCAAAUGUCUCUUUAAAUGUAAACAAAGCCAGCUGUCUGUUGAGUACUCGUGUGUUAUCAUCCUGGUUGACUCUUCCAGAGAAGCAAGGAGCGGAUUAUGUCUUGGAUGACUCUCUUUUGGAUGACUUAUUUCCAGUCUCAGGCGAAUCAACCCACCAGACCUACCCUCUAUUGGAGAUAGGUUUGUACGGUCUGGAGUUCAAGUCCUGUGAGAGUAGCUUGGUCAGUGCCUGUGUUGCCAGUUUGUCUUCCUUGAAUGUGUUCCUGUACACACCUGGUAUUGGGGGAAAGAUGUCAGCUAUCCCCAUUGUAUAUGGUCCAAACGACACAUCAUGCAUCACUGAGCCAGAUUUUUUCACUCUACCAACUCUUGGUAAAACUGAAGUUUGCUCAGACUGCAUCACAGCUACCUUUCAGAAACCAAAACACACUGGUGUUAGUGAAG